AUGGAAGGACGCUUCGUACAUGUUUACCUUCCUGGUCUACAGAAGACUUUGACUCUUUGUGAAGUAGAGGUGUAUGGUACUCUGCUUGAAAACGUGGCUUUGAGAGGACUGGCUUUUCAUUCUUCCUCAAGUCUGGAAAACAGUGUAGCCAGCAAAGUCAUUGAUGGCAAUCAGUCUUCCACCUGCAGCAUAGCCAUUGAGCAGCCAGGUCCGUGGGUAACAGUGGAUCUACUGGUUCCUUACAGUGUGACUGCAGUCCAACUCGCCUACAGCUCCAACUGCUGCUUCAGUUACGAUGUCCGUGUAGAUGACACAAGCUGUGAGGUCAUCUCCAGUAAUUCAUAUUCUUUGAUGACCCUGGAUUGCGGUGGGAUUGUGGGUCGCUAUGUGACUGUGAUCCAUCAUGGCGUAGCACCGCCUCUGUGCGAGGUGGAGGUCUAUAGCACUUUGGAAAAUCUUCAAAACAGAUUCCCUCAGCUGCCCCCGCCCCAUGUUAAAGAUUACUGCUCCGAUGUGUCCUGUGGACGAGACUACAUUCUCAUUCCUGAUGAACCCAAAACAUGGUUUGAAGCCCAGAGCUACUGCAGAGAGAAGUACACUGACCUGGCCACCAUCAACGACGUUCAGGACAUGUAUAGGGUCAUGGAAAAGAUGGAGAAUUACUCCAAAAAAGACUUUUGGAUUGGGCUGUAUGAAGACGUUGCUACCUGGAGGUGGUCUCUGUCAGGUUAUUAUGGAGCGAGUGAAGCUGAGUUCAGGAACUGGGGUGCUGGUGAACCCAAUCUGGAGAGGGCCACCCAGGACUGUGCAGGCAUACAACACACGGGAGAAUGGAGAGACCUGCAAUGUGACUUACUUAACUUCUUCCUAUGCUUUGAUGGCAGAACAGGUGCACUCAAAAGCAAGAUUCUCCUGGAAACAGCUAUGAAUUGGGCCGACGCUCACAGCUACUGUAGGAAACACCACACAGACCUGCUCAGUGUGAGAAACCAGGCGGAGAACCAGGAAGUCCAGAGCAUGGUGCCGGAAGGAAAGCUGGCCUGGAUCGGCCUCUUUCAAGACUCCUGGAAGUGGUCAGACGGGAGUUACUCCUCGUUCAGAUACUUGUCUCAGGAACAACUCCUUUUAGGAGAGGGUCCCAACUGCGCUCAUGUUUCCGGCAGGAAAUGGAACGCCAGGUCCUGCGACACCAAAUCUAUGUUUCUCUGCUACACGUUUAAGAAGAAGACGUUUGUGAGGAUCAGUGCUGACUUUGACAUGAGUGACCCAGCCGUCCAACAACAAAUCGUGAUCCAGCUGGAGGCAAAGAUGAGAGACAUGGGAAUCACUGAUUUCAAGAUCAACUGGAAGAUGUCCGGACAACAAAAACAACCAUGACAACCUCCCAUUGAAUUAACUUGUUUAGUUGUACAUGCUUGUUCACUUGUAUACAUUCUGCAAUGUUUAAGUAACCCUCUCAGAGAGACAUUUUAUAAAAGUUGAUGUCAAACUCAAAUGUUAGUUGUGUGUAAGAAUAUACUAUACUAUAAGUCUAAAAUAGACAGUGUCUAAGCAAGGUGUCAUAACAUUUUACAUGUAACGUACUUUUUUUGGCAAUUUAAGUUCAAUAUGUGAACAACAUUAUGAUUUUUUAGUAAUGAAAUGUAUCUAAUUUCAGUUUGACUUGUGCAUUUAGUGUCGGUUUUUAAAUAUAGAUUUUAUUUGUUUUUAAUCCUCUUUCGUUUUCUGUGUAAGGAGCCUUUGUGAAUAGCUGAGUUUAGAAAUGUGCUGCAGGAGAGUUUGCCUGUUUACUGGCUUGUAAAAACUCCAAUAUAAAGCCCAAAUAUCUUGAAGUCAUCCUCAAUAUAAUUGACCUUUACAUUUUGGGCCUUGUUUUUCAAGC